AUGCCAGAUAGCAGGGAGGAACAGGGCAACAGAGAGUGCAAGCUCAAGCCCAACCAGAAGAAGAUCCCCCGCCGCACCCAGGCCCCACCUCCGGAGAGCAGCCAGAAUAAGAGCAACAGAGCAUUUAUGGACGACCUCACAGUGACGGCAACCUCUGUCAGAUGGCUGCUCCAGGGGUUAGAACGACUCAUCUAUUGGGUGAGGAUGAACUUCAAGCCUGUCAAGUCAGGUCUCUUGUCCUGAAGAAAGGCAGGGUUCCGCUUUGCCGUCAGAGGGACAUCAAUUCCAACGGUGACGGAGAAACCUGUCAAGAGCCUCGGCAAGAUCUUCAACAUUUUUCUACCAGACGCAAAUCCACUACAGCAAACCAGGGCAGAAUUGACUACGUGGCUAGUAACUAUAGACAGGUCAGGGCUUCCAGGAAAAUUUAAAACCUGGAUUUACCAACAUGGAGUCCUGCCAUGGCUCCUUUGGCCCCUGCUUGUCUGUGAGGGGCCCAUGUCAACUGUGGAGACGCUGCAAUCAGGGACCCAGUUCCUCCGGAGGUGGCUAGGGCUCUUUGGAUCCCUCAGCAACAUGGACCUGUAUGGCCAUUCCACCAUGCUGCAGCUUCCACUCAGUGGCCAGUCAGAGGAGUUAAAGGUCACAUGUGCCAGGGAGUUGAUGAUAUACCAAGACUCCUCCAACAUAAAAGUUGCUACAGCAGGAAUCCCGGUGAAAAUUGGAAGGAAGUGGAAGGCACAGGAAGCCGUCAACAGAGCCAAGGCCAGGCUGCAGCACAACAUCUUGGUUAGCAACAUCACAGUGGGCUGGGCACAACUAGGCAGCUUUUGCAAACUCAGCUACGACAAAGCUAGAGGAAAGGAGAGAAGACAAAUGGUGCAGAAUGAGAUCAGAGCAGAGGUGGAGGAAGGACGCUGGAUCAAGAUGGUGGCGGUGUACCAACAAGGCGCCUGGACAAGGUGGGAGCACGCAAAACAGCAUAGAAUCUCUUGGUCAGAGCUCUGGAGAUGGAGUGAUAUCAAGUUCUUCAUCCAAUUCUUGUAUGGCGUUCUCCCAAGUUCAACCAAUCUGCAGCGCUGGGGUUUAUCAAACACAGCAGCAUGCCAGCUGUGCCAGAAGAGAGCCCCCUUGGGGAAAGGACGGAACCGCUGGCAUCACUAUUAGGUCCUGAAGGCCUGGGCAGACAAAGUCAGCACAGCAAUCACCAACUGCAAGUACCAGCACACCCCCAAGCAGUUUAUCACCUUUGUCAGAGCUGGGGAAAAGGUACAACAACAGCCAAAUCCUGCAGGAGGGCUUCUCACCACUGCACCAGACCUGGAAAGACAACUCAAGUUGCCAGAACACAUCUCUGCCAUUUCACUCCGCCCAGACAUGGUGUUAACAUCACAGUCAUCAAGGCAAGUGGUCCUGGUUGAGCUCACUGUGCCCUGGGAAGACAGAAUCGCGGACGCCAACAAACGCAAAUACAACUAGCCGGCGACAGAAUGCCGGUGCAAAGGCUGGAAAGCCCACUGCGAACCAAUAGAGGUGGGGAGCCUAGGUUUUGCUGACCAGUCACUACCACGCACCUUCCAACUCCUUGGGGUAAAAGGUCAGCUGUGCAGAAAAGGCAUCAAAAAUAUAAUUAAGGCUGCAGAGAAAGCCUCAAGAUGGCUAUGAAUUCAGAGGGGGGAUCCAUGGAGGGUGGGGCACAAGUCGGGGGCUGAUCACCUCCGGCUGGGUCACCAGAGCGAGGUUAUUUGA